AGCUAUAAGACAUACAAAUGAUGCCGUCAGCAUAGAAUCGUGGGUCAAAGAGGUCGAGAGUAGUGGAUGUGUGUUGUUUUAUAAACCUCAGGAUAUUUCCUUAUUGGAACAUCAAAAUUUGAAAAAAGAAGAUUUCAUUUUGAUUAUUAUGAAUAUGGGCCAACUAGAAAUAAGUACUUGAAAAGUUUGCUGAUGAUUGCAUAUGCUUAGAUGGCACUCAUGGCCUCAAUCCUUAUGACUUUCAGCUGCACACACUCCUAGUUCUGGAUGAUUUACGAGAAGGGUUCCCUUGCGCAUUUUUGUUUAGCAAUCGAUCAGAUGUGGAGAUUUUGGUUUUAUUUUUUUCAUGUAUUAAAGAGAAAAUGAAGAGACAAAUAAAACCACGAGUCUUUAUGUCAGACAUGGAAAAAACAUUCUAUAAUGCAUGGAUACGUGUUAUGAAACCUGCAGAUUUUAGAAUUUACUGCACAUGGCAUGUAGACCGCUCUUGGCGUAAGAAUCUAAACAAAAUUCAUUCCAAAGAAAAACAGGUUAUGGUCUACAAACAACUUAGGACAAUUCUGCAAGAACUAGACCAAAAUGCGUUCACCCAAAUGAUAGACAAUUUUUUAAGAGCGUUAGUAAAUGAUGCAGACACAUGCGAAUUUGGUCAGUACUUCAAAAGGUAUUAUACCGAAAAUGUCGAAGCUUGGGCAUAUUGCCAUCGCUUGCAUAGCGGACUAAACACAAAUAUGCAUAUCGAGCGGAUGCACGAGACUAUUAAAUAUAUUUAUUUAAAUGGAAAGGUAGUCAAGAGGCUUGAUAAAGCUAUAAAUGCCCUGAUGAAGUUCGUGCGAGACAAAUUAUUUGAAAGACUGAUUACUUUAAAUAAAGGCAAAAUUUCCAGUAAACUUAAGGAUUUACGAGCUAGGCACAAAACGAGUGAAGGCAUGGAUCUAAAGCUGGUAAUGGUGACAGAGGAGGGGUGGGAGGUACCUUCAGCUUUAUGUCAAGAUUUGUAUAAAGUGGAAGCGAGAAAAAUUAACUGUACUUGCAAAUUGGUGUGUCAACAAUGCCAUGCAUGCAUUCACCAAUAUUCCUGCUCGUGCAUAGAUUCCUCUGUUAAGUGGAAUAUGUGCAAACAUGUACACCUAGUCUGCAGAUUCCUUAAUGACAGAAAAGAGCUCGAAGUCGGAAAUAUUACACAAGGGCCAGUUCCAAAUGCCAGUAUUCUUCAAAUUGAUGACGGUAUUUCCAGUAAAGUAGAGGAAGAGCAGAAAAUACUUGCCGCUAUUUCGCAAAAUACAUCAAUUUCAGAAGAAAAUCUCUAUGACGAAAAAGAGAAAUUAAAAAUGGAGGUAAUGGAACUAAUCCAUGAUAUCGACAAAAUUUCAACAAGAGAGGAAAUAUCUGCUCUGAAGAAACUAGUGGGCCCAAUCAAGCCAACAUUACAUGCAAUACGGUUGCAACAAAGUCGUGAUCUUCAACAUUCAAUGGGAGCAAGCUCCAAAGUACACCACAACAAAAACAUUAAACAGCAGAGACGGCUUUUUAAAACGAAGAAAAAGACCAAGAAGGAAACUGUGGGUUUAUCAAAUCCAGGUACAGAAGAGAUCAAUCAAAUAGCAAUAAAUCUGUUACAACUCAGUUGAACUUAACGUUAAAUUACAAUAAAGUUUUUAUUUUCAUUGCUUACACUCUUCUUCUGUUGCUUGUUCUGAUUUGUAGGAUAGGAGUUUUAUUCAUUUCUAGUUAUUACCACACACUCGCACACUGUCAGCUCAUUGACCGGCCGGAUAUCGUAUUCGUGCAAAGCAAAUAC